AUGGUGCGUAUCAUAAGCCAGGACACAUAUGAUGAAGUAGUUCGUGAAAAUAUUGAUGAAUUUGAUAUGAGUCCUGAAGAAGCAAUAAAAGAAGCUAUUACACAGUUUGAAGCACAGGGUGUUGAUCUAUCAAACAUAAUAAAAGAUCUUUCCUUGGGAUCUGGUGAUAACCACUUGGUUAGCACAACUGUGGAAAAAUUAAGAGAAAUCUCUAAUGGUAAUGAAGAAGAAUUACUUAAAGAACUAGAAGUUUUAACAAAUGAAUGCAAAAAAGACUUAGCCCACCGAGUCAGAGCAGGAAAAGAUGGAGCAUAUAACAUUCUUUUAAGUAUCCUAGAGAGCUCUUACUCACAGGAUAAUCAGAGACUGAUGACAAAAGUGUUGUAUGGUUUAAUAGCACUGAUGGAUGGACAGCCAGAUUUAUUGGACUCUAAGGGAGCAGAUUUAAUGAAAAGGAUAUUGAAUAAUACAAAGAAUGACGAUAUUCUACUAGCAAACCUGAAAUGGAUCAAUGUCUGUUGCUUGAAACAUGAGAUGAACAGACAAAGGAUUUUUGCACUUAACAUAAUAGAUAAGUUAAAGUCACUUUUAAAAGUACAAGGAAAUACAAAGCUUUUAAGUGAAACACUACAAGUUAUUCGGCGUUUAACUUUGGACGAUGAUAUCCGCAUGGCAUUUGGCAAAGCACACGAACACGCAAGGGAAUUGGGCAUAUACCUAUUGGAAACUCUUACGAACUUACUUGCUGAGAAUACAAAACCACCAUUAGUAUCAGAAUUGAUGCUCACAAUAGCAACACUGCUAGUUAGAAAUGAGCUUUGUGCCAAAGUAGCAGAGUCUGGCAACAAUGUUUUAUUUACCGUAUUGGCGGAUAAUUAUGACAAUGCUACCGUUAUACAUCAGGCUAAUAAACUGUAA